ACGACUGCCUCGAUUUGCGUCCAGCGUGUGAUGGACCGAGCCGCUGGAAGAGCCUUUUGCCAUCUCGCCGGUCGUGGCAACGAGAGUGACGUGGCGCGCCUACUCCGUAGCGGUGCAAGCCCAAGCUGGCGAGACGACAAGGAUGGCUGGACACCACUGUACGCUGCGUCGCGAGGCGGGCACGACGGCGUGGUGCGACUCUUGCUCGAUGCUGGCGCCCUGGUCGACCAAGCCGACUCGGAUGGACGGACGCCAUUGUACAUCGCAUCGGCGCAAGGGCAUGAAGCCGUUGUACAACGCUUGCUACGCGCGGGUGCCGAUGUCAACCAGAGCGACAACAAGGGAGAAACAGCCCUCUUCGCAGUAGCCUUCCAAGGGCUCGAGGCCGUGAUGCAACUUGUCCUGGACGCGGGCGCCGACGUCCAGAGUGCAACGGUCGACGGGUACACGGCCUUGUACGCUGCUUGCAACCAAGGACAGGACGCGGCGGUGGACAUGCUCUUGAACGCUGGCGCCCGCGUCAACGCAGCCGCCAAAAACGGCGUGACGCCUCUGUACACAGCGACCAACACGGGUCGCACGGCCAUCGUACGCCGCCUCCUCGACGCUGGCGCCGACGCCAAUCAAGCGACCUCCAAUGGAAGAUGGCCUCUCUUCAUCGCGUCGGUUGCCGGCCACGAGGCCAUCGUGCGACUUCUCCUUGACGCUGGCGCGGUUGCCGAUAAACUGUACAAGGACGGCCAAACACCCGAAUAUGCUGUCGCGCUCCACAAAGGCCAUCGCGUCAUCGCAGAUCUACUGGGCGAAUCGUCAGAGCUCGUUGCGGCCGCUGGUGACACGCUGCUGCACAUUGCCGUCAGCAACCAUCAUGGACUCAGCUCCAAGGCGCAGCGAGCGACCGUGGAUGUUGCUACCAACAACAACGGCGAUGCGUACGCACUACUGGAGACGCUUCUGGCGACGCCUGGCAUCGAUGUCACCCGGCGCAAUCAUCUGGGACAGACGGCGCUCUGGGUCGCGUCCAAGGACGGUUAUGACGUGAUUGUCCACUUGCUUAUCGACAACAAAGCCAAUGUUAACCAACCGGACGAGCUAGGGCACACGCCGCUCUCGAUCGCGGUGGAGAACGGCCAUUUCGAUGUUGUCAAGCUCCUCCUCGACAAAGAUGCCGAUGUCAACUAUGCGAUGAAGGGGGUCGCCACACCCCUGUACAUUGCCAAAAAGAAGGGAUAUACCGACAUUGUGACGUUGCUCACGGACGCGGAAGCCACGGCCAAGCUGCGUCCGCCACCUGCGCACAUCAUCAACCAGAUUGGUGUGCAGAUCAACGGAAACAACGCCAUCAACAAGGGCACUGUCAACGAAAAGCGCCCGACGACCUAA